UGAAAAGGAGAAAAUGAACCCUGUGCUGUUUUGGAGAUAGCAUCAUCUAGCGGACACCUCUGGUACGGCAGCUCACAUUUCCUCGUCUGUUUCGGAAGGCUCAAGAGAAGUGAGCGAGCGGCCGCUGUCCCACCCAAAAUCUGUGAAAGCAUCCGUUGUUCUUUCGGAUUUUACCGGCGCUCAGACACAUGAAUGGGAGGCACACUGCUAGUAAAAGAAGUUUGUGUUCCCUUACAGAAGUCAGUAAAGCUGAGAGGGAAGCACGGCAGCGUUCAACACUGGAGAGAAAUUGAAGUAAGAAGAUUUUCAAAGUAUGGAAAUAACUCGUGAAAAAGUUUGUUUUUUGAGAGUCAGAAAAUAAAAAACCUGGAUCAAGAUGAAUGGGUGAGGGACAGUCUAAUCUUGUGAUGAUCCCUCCUAACUGUCCUCUCGCUCCUACAACUAAACACAUUACACAUUACUUUAAUCUGUCUUUCUGGAAAUCAGUCAUUUAGCCCGGGACAGAGCCUUCAGCCUCUGUGACUGGAUAAUGUCUCACAUAGGCAGUGACAGAGCAGGAAGACACUCCUCUCUGGGGGAACAUUAGGAGUAUAACUUUCAUUAAGGAACUUUCCCUGGAGGAUUUCCACUUCCUGUCCCAGAAGCCCUCAUGCUUCAGCAUCAUUUCUAGUUCAUUUCUAGAGGAAUUUGGCACAUCUUUGUGAUAAAAGGGAUGAAUGAGGGCCGCUCUGCUAUACUCAGAAGGUGUCACCUUGCCUUGUCCAAGGCUGACACCAUCGGCUCUGCUCCUUCCAAAGCUUCUCUCUCUGUGGACGAUGGCGGGACCACUCAGCCUGAGAGCGACACAGUAUUCCCCCUGUGUGAGAUCUCAGAUUUGUUUGAGAGUGAGGAUGGCUCCCCAUCAACUCAAGACACAAGUCAGAGUUCAGCCCAGGAGCAGGUCCAGCCAAACCAACCUGCUGACAGCAGGCAGAACCUGCGCAUGAAGUUCCAGGGUGCUUUCAAGAAAGGCAUUUCUAAUCCAAUGGACCGACUUGAAUCUACCAUAUACGAGUCUAAUGUGGUCCCAGGCCCUAAGAAAGCACCCAUGGACUCACUCUUUGACUAUGGCACCUACAGGAACACCAGCAACCAGAAGAGACGAAGGAAGAAGCUACCAAGAGGUAAAACUGAAACAUCGUGUGAUGAUGCUCAAAGCCCAGACCCCCCGAAAGUGAUGAAAGUAUUCAACCGCUCUCUCCUCUUUGACUGUGUGUCACGUGGAGACCCUGAGGCUCUCGAGGGUCUGUUGGAGUACCUGCAGAUUCAUGAAAAGAGGUUAACUGAUGAGGAGUUCAGAGAGCUAUCCACGGGUAAGACCUGUUUGCCUAAAGCCCUGUUGAACCUGUAUGGAGGACAGAACGACAGCAUCCCUCUGCUGGUGGAUAUAGCAGAGAAGACGGGAAACCUGAGAGAGUUUAUUAACACUCCUUUCAGGGAUGUCUACUACAGAGGCCAGACUGCGCUCCACAUAGCAAUAGAGCGACGUUGUAAGCAAUACGUGGAGCUGCUUGUGGCAGGAGCUGAUGUUCAUGCCCAGGCCAGGGGACGCUUUUUCCAGCCCAGAGACGAGGGGGGCUACUUCUACUUUGGUGAGCUGCCUCUCUCCCUGGCUGCUUGCACUAACCAGCCUGACAUUGUGCACUACCUGACUGAGAAUCCACACAAGAAGGCCGACCUGCGACGCCAGGAUUCCCGUGGAAACACGGUGCUGCACGCCCUGGUGCACAUCGCGGACAACACCAAGGACAACACACGCUUCCUCACAAAGAUGUACGACCUGCUGCUCAUCAAGAGUGCCAAGCUAUACCCAGACUGCAGCCUGGAGGAUGUGCUCAACAACGACAGCAUGUCACCUCUCAUGAUGGCUGCCAAGCUGGGCAAGAUAGGGGUUUUCCAGCACAUUAUCAGACGUGAGAUCAAAGAUGAGGAAGCUCGUCAUCUAUCACGUAAAUUCAAGGACUGGGCUUACGGGCCAGUGUACUCAUCUCUGUAUGAUCUGUCAUCACUGGAUACAUGUGGAGAGGAACCAUCUGUGCUGGAAAUCCUCGUCUACAACAGUCGCAAUGAGAACCGCCAUGAGAUGUUGGCCGUGGAACCCAUCAACGAGCUGCUGAGGGCCAAAUGGCAGAAGUUUGCGGCUGUCACAUUUUACAUUAGCGUGGUUUCCUACCUCAUCACCAUGAUCAUUUUCACCCUUGUGGCUUAUUACCAUCCAACACAGGGAACGCCUCCAUACAGCUACAAGACAUCCACUGACUACCUGAGAAUGGCUGGGGAGAUUAUAACCUUGGCAUCAGGAAUUUUCUUCUUCCUCACCAAUGUGAAUUAAGACCUCUUCUUGAAGAAGUGCCCUGGUGUGAAAUCUUUAUUCAUCGAUGGAUCUUUUCAACUGCUGUACUUCAUCUACUCUGUACUGAUUGUAGUCACUGCUGUUCUUUACCUGUCUGGGAUUGAGGCCUACGUGUCUGUUAUGGUGUUUGCACUGGUGUUGGGCUGGAUGAACACGCUUUACUUCACCCGAGGCCUGAAGCUCACUGGCACCUACAGCAUCAUGAUACAGAAGAUUCUGUUCAAAGACCUUUUCAGAUUUCUGCUGGUGUAUGUGCUCUUCAUGAUUGGAUAUGCAUCAGCCCUGGUGUCCCUGCUGAAAGUGUGUCCUCCACCGGGCACAGACUGUGGUGGAGAAUGCCCCACCUACCCCAAGUGCAGGGACCAAGACACCUUCAGUAACUUCCUCCUGGACCUGUUUAAGCUGACAAUUGGGAUGGGAGAGCUGGACAUGAUUGACAGUGCACAGUAUCCUGCUGUCUUCCUCAUCCUGUUGGUUACCUACAUCAUCCUCACCUUUGUGCUGCUGCUCAACAUGUUGAUCGCUUUGAUGGGGGAGACGGUGGGACAAGUUUCCAAGCAGAGCAAGAAGAUCUGGAAGCUUCAGUGGGCAACUACCAUCUUGGACAUCGAGCGAUCUUUUCCAGUCUGCCUUCGAAGGUCUUUUCGAGUAGGGGAGAUGGUGACUGUGGGGAAGAACUGGGAUGGCACACCUGACCGACGCUGGGGCUUCAGGGUGGAUGAAGUGAACUGGUGCCACUGGAAUCAGAACCUGGCGAUAAUCAACGAGGAUCCGGGCAAAAAUGAAACGUGCCAAACCAACGGGUUACCGCAGGGCGUCCGAGCCCUGAGGAGAGACCGCUGGUCUACAGUGGUUCCCCGGGCAUUGGAGUUAAGUAAGGGUCCGCGGAGUCGUGAUCUAGUGGUAGAGAUGGAGCCACUGACGCCCAGGCACUGACGCUGUCCUUCUUUCUGAGGAGACAGCAAAGAGCAAUCAGCAUCAGUGGGAUCACUCUGCAGGGGACGAUUUGGCCAAUAAGUGCACUAAUUUGCACAGAUCUCAUGUGCCUUUUGUGCAGAGAAAGUAUAAUAAAUAUUACAGUUAAGCAGUCAGUGUUAGAGGACUAAGCACAUGGACACACUGGAUGCAAAAUGAGGAUAAAAAGAAUAACUGCUUUUCAAAAAGUAUAUUAAGUUAAAAAUAUUUACUCCAAUAAAGAAGUCAAGUACCUAA